AAACUGCGCAGUGGACAGUUCAGCAUUAGCUCCCUGUGCAGUGCUUUUUCUUUGUUCCAAUGGCGUGUAGAGAGAGCAGAGACACUAGGGUUUUAUUAGUUGUUGGACUUUUUUUGUUUGCCAGUUCAUUUUGCCUUUGUACAAGACUGACAAAGCUUAAAGAACUAGUUGAAUUAAGAGGAAACUCGAUGCUUAGCCAAGGUCAUCAUAAAGGGAGUGAACUGCGCCGUGGAAGACUCUUAAUUGGGCAGAAGUCUCUGCAAGGUGCUAAACUCAAAGGAACCAAGACCACAAAAAACUUACUGGAUGCUGACACAGAUUACCAAGCAGAUAUGGGUUGGGGGCAGCCCAAGCCAGCUAAAGGAUGGGAUGAUGGCUUUUCAAGGCUAAGGUCAGAUGAUGCGACAGUGGAGCGACUCCUUAAAAUGGAACCAAAGGUUGAAUGUACUGCAAACUCCAUGAAGCUUCAAGUCCAAGAUGCUGCUUCUACCCCUGGAUCUCUGUUGUUUGUGGACAGGGGAAGGCAUCUGUCUCCUCUGCCUCUGUCCAAGUUGCCAACAAGCUGUGGUUACACCAUCAGAUUGACACAGAGAGAUUUGGUCUUAGCUGCACCUUAUGAUGGCUGCUUUGUUGAUCUUCAGGAGGACAACUACAUUCUGCCAUUGCGUUGGUUGGGGUUACCAGUGAAGAUGUCAUGCCCUGUGUUGAGGCAGUCUUCACCCAACCCUCCAAUGGUCACCUGCCACGCUGAGGGCAUGGUCGUGAAAGUGGAAUGGACCAUCUCUGUCUCUAAAAUUAAAGUAAACUUGAAUGGUACCUGGGAGCCACUGAUGAAAGCCUCACCCAGAUGUGGCUUCAGUGUAGUUGUACAUCCCGAAGGUGUGGUUGUUUCUGUUCGCUAUACACCCUGUCUGGAGAAAAAGGAUGGGAUGUACACCCUGGAGCUGGCUGGAGAUGGAGAAACUAAAGUUUCCUGUCCCUUCCUGUCACCAGCUCAACCUCAACCCAUAAAAAGCCCAAAAAUCCCAGUUUCUGAGGACCCACUGGGACAAAUAUACCAGCAACCACAGCCAGAAGUCCCUCAAGGCCAAGUAUAUCAGCCUUUCUACCCUCAGACAGACAGUCAACCAGCAACACAGCCCACGGCUGUCCCAAAGCCCCCACAACCUGAAGCCCCCCAGGGUCAAAUAUAUCAGCCCUUUUACCCAAACCCUUUCUACCCUCACCCUUUCUACCCUCAGCUAGUGCCUAAACCUCAACCAGCAACAAAGCCUCCACAACCACAGCAACCUGAAGCCCCUCAAGGCCAAGUAUAUCAGCCUUUCUACCCUCAGCCAGAAAGUCAACCAGUAACAAAGCCCACGGCUGUCCCAAAGCCCCCACAACCUGAAGCCCCCCGGGGUCAAGUAUAUCAGCCCUUCUACCCUCACCCUUUCUACCCUCAGCCAGUGCCUGAACCUCAACCAGCAACAAAGCCUCCACAACCACAGCAACCUGAAGCCCCUCAACGCCAAGUAUAUCAGUCUUUCUUCCCCAACCUCUAUUACUCCCAGCCAGAGCCUGAAAAACUGCCAGCUGCGAAACUACCUGCUGUUCCAAAGCCCCCAGCCAGGGAAAUGCCUAUUGGACAUGUACAAAAACCUUCUUACCCUAAACCAUUCAAGAUACCAGGUGCUGGAACAAAUGGUCAGACAGCUCCCACUGAAAAGCCAGCCCAAAGUGAACAGCCUCCAGCUGUCAAACCACAAGAGGGCCAGGUGCCUUCCCCUUUUAAACCAUACUACCAGCCCCAGCAGCCCCAGCAGCCCCAGCAGCCCGUCACAUUGCCCCCUGCUACCUCCAUGCAGCAACCACAGCAGGUUAUCACUCCAGAUCCUGGUCAAAACACCAUGGAAUCUGCCAAGCCACAACCUAGUAAAAGUGAUAUGGUCCCAAAAAACCCUCUGCUAGGCUCUGCACAUAUGCCACCUGUGUACUGCCCUCAGUCUUGUCCAUCUGGAUUUUCUAAUUGCUGUCCACAAAUUGCAUUUCAUCAGCAUCUCCAUCAUAUUGUUCCUGCUGGACCUGGCAGUAAAGAUACCCCUCCUAUCUACGCAGGACUGCCAUUCCUCCCUUCAGUGGCAUAUUCUGGGUUUGGUAGUGGCUUUGGUUCUGCUCCCUUUCCUCAAGAGCCAACUGAAGCAGUGACUACUCAGGCACCCACAACUUCUACCUCUGCAGCUAUUUUGCCUCAGUCCCUUCCAUCUGGAAAUGAAAAGCGGCCAUAUCUUCAGCCACUAGAUGGCAACCCUGGUGCACUACCUAGAAGUAAUCCCAGCAAGCCCACAAAUCCUAUACAAACAAUUUACCCUUAUUUUGUACCCAAUUCGUUAUAUCCUAACUGGCCAUAUCAACUACAAAGUCAAGAGCUGCAAAAUUUACCAUACAUUGCGUCCCCACCUCACUACGGUGUGCCCUCUACACCUCAGGGUCAAGGUAACAAACCAGUAAAUCCAAUGGUGCAAUUUGAGCCGUAUAACAUGCAGCCCCUACAGCAGCAGAACAGCAAACCAUCGGCUGAGGCCAGGUCUUUCCUCAAGCAGUUUCUACCCUUGCCCCCUUCAGAAAAGGGGCAAAAUACACCUACAGCCAAGGAACUGCCUCCAUCUAACCAAAAAGCCAUUGACUAUAAAGGGCAAACGCAUCCUAAAGUCCAAAGUGAUCUCGAUCAUCAUCUGGUCCCUUACUACAUGCUUCAAGAUGCUGAGGCAACUACUUAUAACAAGUCAACAGUCCUUAACAACUCCACACAAACACGGCCAUUUGUGAGUGACUCAAAGAAAUCAACCAGCCAUGAACAGGGUUAUGUGCUGCUACAGCAUGGCCCACCAGGUAGGGAGCCCAACAGUUUCCAUCAGUCUCCAUUGCCUGUCAGAGACCUGGUUUAUGAUGCAAAUUUCCUGGCACAAAGCUUUGCAAGGCAUCACAGUAAACUCCCAAAUCCUCAAAAUUUCAGGCCCCCACAGCAAAAAACCCAACACCCCAAAUGGCUUUCGAAAGGAAUGGCCAAUCCCAUACCUGGUAAUGUCAACUACAUGCCGAGGCUGGGUGAGGAAUCAGAAAAUUUGCCAGUGCUUUUCUCUGCUUCAGAUGGUUCUCAUUUUGUGCCCCUGCCCCAGGACCCUACUUUCAAUGGAGCACAUUUAAGGCCUAAAUUCUCUAAUUCAUUCAAAGACCUCUGGAAGCCCAUGACUCCUCUAGGCUCCGGAAUUCCACCUCAUGUUCCUGGAAAAGCAUUUCAAGGAUGGCGCUCUGCAGCUGACCACGAAGGAAAUGGUCUGAACCAACCAAUUCAGAAAGAAGGUGGAAAUCGGAAGUGAAAAUGAGUAGCCUUCAAUUUGAAUAAACAAUUAAAACUAACUAGCUGA